AUGGCUGCUUCCAGUUGCAACUGCUCAAUCCUUUUCUUGAUCAUAGCAUUAUUGUCCUUAUCAAGCAUCACUACAACACAUGCUGCUCGCGGCCUACUUCAACUUCCGAACUUGCCUACAAUCCCAAAUUUGCCAACAGCAGCCACAUUGCCACCAUUGCCAAGUGUUGCAUCUUUUCCAACAUUGCCAUCUCUGCCUACAUUGCCCUCUGUACCAAAGAUGACUCUACCACCAAUGCCUGCCAAUAUUCCUCUUCCCAACAUGCCUUCACUUCCUACCAUCCCUACACUUUCACCUCCUCCAUCCAACUAA